CAUACUUGCUCAGUUUCAGACUACUUGCUUCUUUUGCUGCCACUGCUCCAGCUCCUAACAAUGGCGGCCGCCGUCUCUGGCCACUGUGCUCUUCCAACUAAUAAGCUCUCUCUCUCGUCCUCCUCCUCUUCCUUCUCCGGAAAUGUCCUCGUCCGAUUGCCCCAGCUCUCCCUCUUUUCGCGGCCGUCCAGGGCCAUCGGAGGAAAAAUAUCCUGCCAGAGCUCCUCCGUCACAUCUUCGCCGCCGUCUCCCGCCUUCGGGAAAGAGAAACCACAAUGGAAUGAUUUUCUUCACAUUGACGAUUUCGACAAGGCAACGAUCAUGAAGAUGCUAGACCGGGCAGCUGAAGUGAAGGCAUUGUUGAAGUCUGGGGAAAGGGGGUAUCUUCCUUUUAAGGGGAAGUCAAUGGCUAUGAUCUUUGCUAAGCCAUCGAUGAGAACGAGGGUGUCGUUUGAGACUGGAUUCUUCUUGCUCGGAGGGCAUGCCAUUUACUUGGGGCCCGACGACAUCCAAAUGGGUAAAAGGGAGGAAACUCGCGAUGUUGCUCGCGUGUUGUCUCGAUAUAACGAUGUGAUCAUGGCUCGUGUUUUCGCUCAUCAGGAUAUACUGGAUCUAGCAAAGUAUUCGAGUGUGCCUGUUAUCAACGGCCUGACUGAUUACAAUCAUCCUUGCCAAAUAAUGGCUGAUGCCCUUACUAUGAUCGAACAUGUCGGUCAGCUGGAAGGAACUAAGGUUGUUUAUGUUGGGGACGGCAACAACAUUGUUCACUCUUGGCUAUUGCUAGCAUCCGUCGUUCCUUUCCACUUCGUUUGUGCUUGCCCGAAAGGUUUUGAGCCAGACCAGAAAACAGUGGAGAAGGCACGGCGGGCUGGCAUCAGCAAGAUCGAGAUAACAAAUGACCCAAAAGAAGCUGUCCGUGGAGCUGAUGUCGUUUACUCGGACGUGUGGGCCAGCAUGGGCCAGAAGGAAGAGGCUGCACAUCGCCGUCAAGUGUUUCAAGGAUUCCAGGUGGACGAACAGCUUAUGAAGUUGGCUGGUCCCAGGGCAUACUUCAUGCAUUGUCUACCCGCAGAAAGGGGAGUCGAGGUUACUGAUGCUGUGAUCGAAGCACCAAACUCAAUAGUGUUCGCUCAAGCUGAAAACCGAAUGCAUGCCCAGAACGCCAUAAUGCUUCAUGCCCUUGGGUUGUGAGCUUGGCCUUAGUUGUCAAUGAAGUAGUGCAAGUUAGUUGCGGUUGGACGAGUUUUGAGGACUGAGUUUAGUAGUCUUGUUUCCCUUUUCCAGUCUUUCUGUAUGAGUUUUAGAAAGCUAGGAACUUGAAUAACGGUUGCUUAGCCCGUAAGUUAAAAGACGACAAGGUACUUAAAUUGUUGGCCAUGUCUAUUGGUCUUUCGAAUGCAUCGAUAGCUCAUUAAAUUGUAAGGGCAUUGAACAAACAAUGAAAUGCACG